AUGGCUCACGUUCAAAACCGCUCCAACAAUUACCGCCGUAACGGCAAUAACAACAAUUUCCAUCGACGAGGUCGUCGUUCUCAUCCAUUCCAAAGACAAUCCCUCCUAGACGUUGACGGGAACAUUGUCAUGGGCGGCAUGGAAAUUGCAGCUCCAUCGCGUGCUCCGUUCAACCGUCCAAACCACCAAGGACAAGUCUUUCGUCAAGGACCAAACUCUGGCCAAAGACCAAACUGCAGCCAAGGAUCAAACUCUAGCCAAGGUGGCAGAGGCCGACGCAGAAACCGCAACCGAAACCGCAACCGCAGUCGCAAUGGCCAAAACGGGCAAAUCGUCAAGCCGGACAUGUCUCCUGUGAAUGUCCAUGCCCAUCCAGAAGUUCUUUCGCACGCUCAUCCACAGAUGCUGACCCAGUUGGACUAUCAAAUCUUCCAGGGCCAAGCAGAGCCGAACUCGAUCGCCCAACACCAUCAAAUCCCCGCCUUGCAAGUUGCUUCAGUCCCCGCACCCGACUACAGUUGGAGUUCGCCCAUCAAAUACGUUCACAUGAAAGGUGAAUUGACUCCAGUAGACAACUGCGGAGACGUCGUUAUGGGAGAAGCUCCAUCUCUCCCUACAGUUUACUCUAUUGAAUGUACGGCAAAUGAGCAUAUGCUCGUCAUCGCACUCAGCGAGGAGAUGGGAAAUCUCCAACUUUUCAAGUGA